GGAUCAGCUUCUUCUCGGAAACGGAUCAGCUGCAGAAGAAGCGUUAGCGCCGGACUGGAUCUUAAUUUCUCUUUUUGUGCAUUGUUAUUUCUCAUCCCCUCCACUUUGGGAAUCGCCUUGUCCUUCCGCUGGGAUUUAUUCGCAGGGACCUUCUGGAUUUGUGGGGAAACGUUGCUUUGCUGGAAGAAAAGAAGGAAAAACCCAAUUUUUCUGGCAUCACCUGGGCUGGUUUUUUCCCCUUUUGUGCCACUGUGGAUUAUAAUUGCAACAUGACUCUGGAAGAGCUAGUGUCUUGCGAUAACACAGAAAACAAGAUGAAGUCAGUAAGUGAAGCUGUGGAACAGCUCCUGGUGGCCGCCCAGAGGCAGGGGGCCUUGACAGUUGGAGUCUACGAGUCUGCCAAACUCAUGAAUGUGGACCCAGACAGCGUGGUCCUCUGCUUGCUCGCCAUUGAUGAAGAAGACGAGGAUGACAUUGCCUUGCAGAUCCACUUCACGCUCAUCCAGGCCUUUUGCUGCGACAACGACAUCAACAUCCUGCGCGUGUCCGGCAUGGAGCGGCUGGCAGCCGUGCUGGGAGACGGUUCCCAGGACACCGGGGAGCCACAGGACCUGCAUUGCAUCCUGGUGACGAAUCCGCACACAGAUUCCUGCAAGACCCAGGGCCUGGCAGAGGUUGCCAGCUACUGCGAAGAGAGCCGCUGCAACAAUGAGUGGGUGCCUUAUGUCACCCUCCAGGCUCGCUGAGCCGCCCCACGAUGCCACCUUGCGUGUCGACCCGGGAAAAAUAAACCGAGAAGGGAAGAGAAAAGCGUUCUCUUUUGUUGUUGUUGUUAAGAAAAAAAAACUAACCGAAACCACGACUGGGCCGCCCCAGCAGAAGCAGAGCGGUGGGUGGUGAGUCAGAGAGGCGAGGAGAUGGUGACGGAGAUGAUCUCUGAGGAGGCGGAGGAGGAGGCUGCCUGGUGACCUGCUGACUUGCAAGCUCCUGCAUCAGCUGACUGCUCAGCAAGAGGAGGAAGAGGAAGAGGAGGGCCACGCCUUCCUUUGUGCUGCUAGGAAAGGGAUCUGCUGCCUUUGGGAGGAUUGAUUUUUUGCAAAGUGCACAGAUGCCCUCUUGCCGAGAGAAAAGCACAGUGGAGGUCAGCUUCGCAGCCGCCUCUCCAAGCUCAGGAACGGGAGGAGAGGGCGGGACUCUUGGAACCGAGAAGCAGGAUCCUUAGCGUCUGCUGGACAGCUUUACAAAAAAAGACAGUUUGCAAAUGAACUCCUUUUAAAAAAAAUGAACUGGAUGCAGAGAAGUUCUUAUUUAUCUAUUUAAGAGAAAAAAACACACAAAAGGACUCUUUUUUUUGCACUGACAGAGAAUCAAAUACUUCUAUAUAUAUUCUUAUAUCUGAUUUUAAAAGCUGCAAUAAAAAAUUUGUUACCUUCUGAAAGCAAAGUGUGACCUGUUUCUUGAAUGUGCUGUGCCCGGAGGCUUUUUUUUGAGUUGCAGGGGUUGGUGGGUGUUUGCAGCCUUGGAGCGCGCAAGCUUUGCAAAGGCAGACUGUUUUUUUCCCAUAGAGUUGGGAGGGACCCCUGAGGGUCAUCUCGCCCAACCCAGCAAUGCAGUCCUCAACAGGGAUGUGAGGUCAUUGCCCUGCAAACAGCUGGUCACCUGAAUUCUUUGUGGUUGAACAAAGGACUUCAAAGUAAUGCAUUGAUUGAUUGAUUGAUAUUUGACUUAUAUUUUUUUAAUGCCGCUUUUCAUUCAAAUGAGUUGCAGAGUGGCUUACGGAUAAUGAAUAACAAAGAUAGAUCAUGAUAGAAAUAUAGCAUAAAUCAAAUGGAAUCAUAUAGGAUAAUUAACAAAUCAUCACUGAAACAAUCGCAAUCUAUAAAACACAGUUAGCAAAGGAACAGUGGAAAAAAUCAGCUAAGCAUCACAAUUACUCAUUUAGCAUUGAGGAAUACACUAUGUAGGAACUGUCCAAUUACUCCAGCAAGGCCUGCAUGUCCCUCCUGUUUAUAGAAAGCCCUUUCUGGUGGGUUAAAACCUUUGCAGCUUUAAAAUGGUUUUGCCUGAGCUCAAAACUUUCGGCUAUUGGAUCAUUCUUGAUCUCACACCAUUUGGUGCUCAUGAAACAAAGACUCCUUAUACCUAGCAGUUCCAAAGGGGGGGGGGGUCAAAUGGUGAAUGAAAAUCAAUUGGAAAGUAUUGUUUUGUUUUGAAUUUGUAAACCAUUGAAAAUUUUUAAUAUAUAUCUUUAAAGGAACUUUAAGGCAAGGGAGAUGGGGGCUGGAGAAGAACUCUCCAUUGGCCUUGACCACUAGCCAUGCUGGCUGCUGGGAGAUUUGAGUUCAGGAACCUCUGGAAGUCCCUGGAUAUUCCCAGCCCCCUGAGUUAUAAAAAGGCAAGCAAGUGAGCAAGCCAGGAUGACAAGAACUGCAAGCUCAGAACCUUAGAAUUGUAUUUUAUAUUCUUUAUUGAAAAAUAAAAAGUACAAAAUUACAAGUGCACAGAGCAAGAUAAGACACAAAACCAAAGAAACUAUAGUACCCAUGUAGAAAACUAAACAGAACAGAACAACGACAAUAUUGUGUACAUUGCAAAAAUAAAAAGUAUUUUUAUUGUAAUUAACCAGACCGUAACCUAUUAUGGUAUUUAUAAAAAUGAAUUCCAAAUAUUGACAAAUUUGUCCAUGACAGGUCUAUGUUUGUGUAUGCAACUUGUUCAUGUGUAGCAGGUUUGUGCUGCUACUACUACUACUAAUUUUAUUAUUUGUAUGCUGCCCAUCUGACUGGGUUGCCCCAGCAACUCUGGGAGGCUCCCAACAAAAAUUUAAACCCACAAUAAAACAUCAACCAUGGAAAAACUUCCCUGAAUUUAUCCAAUCCAAUUGUUAAAGGGAGUCGUGUUUGCCCUUACUACAGCAAAAAGACAGAUACUGAUGACCUGGAAAAAUAGAAUCAUACGGUAGAAUUGUAGAGCUGCAAGGGACCCCCAAAGGUCAUCUAGUCCAACUGCCACAACACAGGGGUGGCAGACAUAGAAUCCCUGCCGGAUUCUUUAAAAACCUCUUUAAAAACUUCCAGCGAAAGAGAGUCCACCCCCACCAGAAUGCUGUGUUUGCAACAAGAUGCAGAUUUCCUGCAUUGCAGGGGCUUUGGUGAGAUGACCCUCAGUCUCCCUUCCAACACUACAAUUCUGUGAUUUUGUAAUCCGUGAAAUCUAUGCUGGCCAGAGAAUAGUCCUUAUUGCUUUAUGAUGGUGCAAAGACUCUCUUGCUGCCGUUGCAGCAAAACACUUAACAAAGUGGUGGUGUUUUCGUUGUGAACUCUCUUGCACAAGCCGUUAGUCCUCAAGAUGGCUUAGAUUUAGAACU